UGGUAGCCAUGAGCCGCGGAGUGUUUGUUAGGUACUGGGUCUUAUUUUGCAUUAGUUGGGCUUGCUUUGGGUACGCCAGCGGCAAUGUUUUGAUGAGACGGGAUGAAUUCGAUGACUUCGAUCAAUACAUAAACGAUACAUUAUACAUAAACGAUACAUACAUCUACGUGGAGGACGAUUGUAAUGGAUUAUUUUCAUGUCCUGCUACGACACUAAAUUCAACUGACCAAGAAGGAAAUCUCUACCUUGGAGAAAAUUUCUUUUCAGAUUAUUGCAAAUAUGUUCAGGAACUUCUUGAUUGUGCGGAAGAACGUGACAUUUAUAACGACCCAGAAUGUGUUGACCAAAGAAAAUACCUUUCAAUGUAUACGAAGAAAGAAACAAACCUUUGCAUGAAUCCCAUAUACCCAUUGCUGCAAAACUUGCGACAAUGUAUUAACAGCCUGAACCAGAAGCUUGAUAACUUCACUAAGAUACUGCGUCCCCUAAUGACACCCAUUGGUCAGGAUUUCACAACAAAUAAAGAUUUGUCCAACGAUUCUUUCUGUCAAACGUACAAUCAAAUCUUGGAUGAAACAAUCGAAGCAUUUAAAGGCUGCCCUUCAAAUAAAGUCCAAUGGUCAUCGAAGAAUAUUAGCAUCAUUCGGAAGAAUUACUAUCCUGUUACUACAGGGAGUACACCACCAUUCUAGUGCAGUGAUCCGAAAACAAAGUUAAGUGGACCUCGGAAAAUAUCGACAUCAUUCGAAAAAAUCAUUAUCCAGUUGUAUUUGGGAGGACACCACAAUUCCACUGCAGUGAUCCAGGUUUUUGACUAGCCAUAACAAAGCUGAAACAUUUCCCAUUGACAAAAGCAAUAAGAUACUUGAAAUUUAAGCAUUAUUUGGCUCUAUUCAUUGCUUGCUUAACCAAGAUUUACCAGAAAUUUACAGAAAGAUCUCAAAGUAAUGAAUCACAUAUAUACAUAAUGUACAUGUAAUUAUAGAUGAAAUUUUCUAAAUACCGCGUUUCUCUGAAAUAUAUUACUAAACUCUGAACGGAGGUUGAUGUAAAUAAACAUACUUCAGUUUGAA